CUGCCGGGUACAGCAGCCAAUCGCAUUGCCGCAGUGAGUGUCCUGCAGCCAAUUAUAUUACAGCAGGGCGUGUCCUGCCUAGAACCCUGCGGGCUUCGGAGUAGUGACGAUGGCGUCCACUGAGCAGCAGUCCCUGCUCGACUUGACAGAUAAGGAGACCCGAGAGAAGCUGUCACAGUGGGACCGCCGCCCGGACGCCAUGGCUCCCCUGACGGGCAAGCAGACGGACUCCGUGCUGGAGAUACGAUCCGCCGCCGAGACGCUCGCAAUCCCCGCCGAGUUACCCAUCGAGGAUCUGGGCAGCCUCUCAUCUCGCUCCCUUCAGUCUUCCUUCACCGCCCCCGUGCCCCAGUCAACAGAGGACUUCCUCCACAAAGGCUUCCAGAUGCUGGAAAUGGACAACGACCGGAUAGAAACUGCUCAACAGUUUUUUGCCUGGUUUGCAAAGUUACAAGCCAACAUGGACCAGGAAGAGAGUGCAAAAUACAGGCAAACACGAGACUAUCUGAACUGCUACCAGGAGCAAUGCGAUGCCAUUUUGAAAGAUGUCAGUGCGGCUCUCGAGCAGCUGGAUUCCCUGCAGCAACAGUACCUGUUCGUGUCCAACAAGACGGGCACUUUGCACCAAGCUUGUGAGCAACUUUUAAAAGAACAAGCAGAGCUUGUUGACCUUGCGGAGAACAUCCAACAGAAACUCUCCUAUUUCAAUGAGCUGGAACACAUAAACACGAAACUGAACUCUCCUACCUUGUCUGUAAACAAUGAAGGCUUUAUACCGAUGCUGUCCAAACUAGAUGACUGCAUUGAUUACGUUUCUUCACAUCCAAAUUUCAAAGACUACCCUGUUUACCUGGCCAAGUUCAAGCAGUGCCUCUCCAAAGUCAUGCACUUCAUGAAGGUCCACAUUGUAAACACAAUGCAAAAUCUCUCAAGCGCUUUAACAAAAAGGGAUCCAAUGGGUUUGGCAAACGCCGACAACGCCUUUACACUUUACUACGUCAGAUUUAGAGCAGCCGCUCCGAAAGUUCGAUCGUUAAUUGAACAGAUCGAACAACGGGCGGCUAAGAUUCCAGAAUACCAUCAGUUGUUGGAUGAAAUCCACCAGUGCUACCUGGACCAGAGAGAGCAGCUCCUUAGUCCCAGCAUUACUUCCACCAUCACAGAUCUGACCCAACAGAACAGCAAAGAUCAUUGCGCCCUGGUCCGCAGCGGCUGUGCCUUCAUGGUUCACGUGUGCCAGGAUGAGCAUCAGCUUUACAAUGACUUCUUCUCCAAGACCACACCCAAACUGGACGAGCUGCUGGAGAAGUUGUGUUUGUCGCUGUACGACGUUCUGCGCCCUCUAAUCAUCCACGUCAUCCACCUGGAAACUCUGUCGGAGCUCUGCGGCAUCCUCAAUACUGAGAUGCUGGAAGACCACGUUCACCAUAACACCGGGCAGCUGGGAGCAUUCGAUACCGUGGUCAAGCAGAUGCUGGAGGACGUGCAGGAGAGACUUGUCUACAGGACGCACAUUUAUAUUCAGACAGACAUCACGGGCUACAAGCCUGCCCCGGGGGAUUUGGCCUAUCCCGAAAAACUGGAGAUGAUGGAGAGAAUCGCUCAGAGUCUGAAGGAAGAGCAGAUGAAGCAAACAUCCCAGGCGGCCAUCUUUUCCGACGUUCAACUGGAGGAUCCGGACGGGAGACGAAACAGUGACGCUGGACUUGCCGGGAAACCGGAGGCGUGCCGUCUGCAGGCACCCGUCUCGCCCGCCGAUUUACACGGCAUGUGGUACCCUACAGUCAGACGGACGCUGGUGUGCCUGUCCAAGCUGUACAGAUGUAUAGAUAGAGCUGUCUUCCAGGGUUUAUCUCAAGAAGCCUUAUCUGCCUGCAUCCAGUCCCUGCUGAGUGCUUCUGAUAGCAUCCUUAAGAAUAAGACACAAAUAGACGGGCAGCUUUUCCUGAUCAAGCACCUGCUGAUCAUGCGUGAACAAAUUGCUCCAUUUCACACCGAUUUUGCCAUCAAGGAGAUUUCACUGGACUUGAAGAAAACCCGAGACGCUGCCUUCAAAAUCCUGAACCCGAAGGCUGUUCCCAAAUUCUUCCACCUUAACAGUCACAACGCCAUACUCGAAUUCCUGUUGGAGGGAACCCCUGAGAUAAAGGAGCACUACAUAGACUCCAAGAAAGAUGUAGACCGACACCUGAAGUUCAGCUGCGAGCAGUUCAUUCAGCAGCAGACUCAGAUCUUCACGCGGAACCUUGAGGAGUUUCUCACCAAGGUUGCGGCGCUGAAAACCAUGGCCAUCGAGGGCGGCCCCGCAUACACGCUCUCUAAGCAGCCGUGGGCUCAACCCGCAAAGAUCAACGAUCUAGUGAUGGCAACCUACCGGGUGAUGAAGAACAAGCUGCCGAGCACGCUGCAGAGCAUGUCCUUGUACUUGGCCAACAGAGACACGGAGUUCAUUCUUUUCAAGCCUGUGCGGAAUAAUAUACAGCAGGUGUUCCAGAGACUGCACACUUUGCUCCAGGAGGAAUACAGCGGGGAGGACCUCCAAAUCAUCGCAUGUCCAUCAAUGGAGCAGAUUAACCUGCUGCUGUCUGUGAAUAAGUAAUGAUCUGAAGUCUUCUGCUUGUGAUGUCGCACAUUGAGCCGCGGGACUGUGAGGGGGCGACGAGAGACGCGCUCGGAGCUGAUACGGGCCUAUAGAGCCAAAGUUGUAGUCGGCAGUGUGCUGAGCCAUGCGGCACGAGUCAAGAUCUCUCCUUUUUUUUUUUUUUUUGCUGGGUUUGAAACACGGGGGUGGAAAAGAACCGGGCUGCAUCUCACUUAACACAAGGCUCUUGACUAACUUUUUUUUUUGCACUGGUGCACCUGAUUUUUUUAUAUAUUUUUUUUUUUUCCUCUCUCUCUCUCUCUCUCUCUCUCUCUCUCUCUCUCUCUCUCUCUCUCUCUCUCUCUCUCUCUCUCUCUCUC